CUGAUAGUUACAAGAUGCAGAGCAGAGCUUCUCCGCACGUGGAGACGCGCCAGUACGCGCUCCUUCCCGUCCCGAGACGCGUCCAGCACCCUCGUUAUUGAAUCCUUCACUCCACAAUCAGCAGCAAAUACUAUUCCAGACAUCCACGAACCAUCUUAGUCGAUGAAGUACGAUCUCAAUCUCACUUUUGAAGAGAUAUUCAACGACCUUUCUUCGGCUCUUCUGAACCAGCUGAUGGACAUUCAGCACCACAAAGCGAAACGAGAAGCAUCUGAACAAUGGGUAGAGCAACUGCGAUUCAUCGACAUUUUAGAUGUUCCGUCCUCGUCGGAUCGUCAUAAAAGCCAGCGGAUCUGGAAAUCUGACACACUUGUGCUUCCUUUGACCGAGCAACAAAAGCACAAGCCUGUCUGCGCAGUCAACCCAUGUUACAGAUUCAGCGCUCACAUCAUUGUCCAAAGUCUAGGGGGACCCAUACAUUUUGGCAAUCAUUAUAGGGUAUGCGCCACAAUGGCUUUCCGGUCUAGGGUCCCAAAUCCAUCUCAUACGGGAAGUCUUGAUCGAUGUCGAGGCAAUCUGCCCUCAACAUUGUCAUCUGAGCGUAGAACGCCUCGAUAUGCUACCAUUAAUGAAGCUAUUCUGAGUUCAGCCUGAAAUUGCAUCUAUGGUCAGGUCCAGUUGAUGCGGGAGGGCAUUGCCAGCAGGAACUACUCAUCAUGGUUAGAUU